CUCCAUUACUUAUAUAAAUUUCUGCAUUAAAAUGAUUCAUUUUAGAGUAGUUGGAAAAAUCUAUCAGAGUUAAAGGAUACAUUACAAUGCAAGCUUCUACGUUAAUUUGAGUCAACGAAGAUAUGUACUAUCAUCUGUCGAUAAAGUAGUUACAACAAACACGUAGACUCUAUUUUUACUACUCCGAUCAUACUCGGAAAUAGAUGAAAGAUAAACAAAAAAUGACCUUUAUUAUUGUUGUAAGAUAUUCGACAGUCACAAAUUUAGCGCUCUUGAAAGGAUUUUUGAUAUUUUUAUUUUCUUUUCGUUUUGUUUUUCGAAAGAACAAUUUUCGACGGAACAUUUAACGAUAUUUUCAUAGGUUAUAAGAAUAGGGUUCGAGCGUUUCCUAAAACGUUCCUGGCUGACGUCACAGAUGGUGGAAUGGCCGAAAGCCAAAGGCUAAACGAAACGACGGGGCAGAGGCUUUGGGAUGCGAGAGAAGGUAGAGGGCAAAUGGCUGCCGCCGCGGGUGAAUAAUAAUGCGUAGACGCGAGAGUAGGAGCAAGGAAAAUUGCGUUUAACCAAGUGUACGAUGUUGGUGAAGGGCCGCUUAUGGGAUAGGAAGAACCGGAGGCAUCAUGGGAAGAAAAGCACCAAAGCCGCGGCCGGUAACAAUGCAGGAGGCUCAUCGUCCACGGUGACAGGAUCCAUUUUAAGGAGUUCCACAGCACCUAACAAUCGAACGCACUCAAUCAACAGGAGAGCGGUUCACCAGCAACGAGAGCAGCACCAACAGCAGCAAUCGUCGAUUCCUUUGAGCGGUGCCACUGCUCAAAAUUCGGAUGAUCACGAAGCAAGGGCAACCAGCUCGGCGCAAGACGCUUGCGACAAUUCGAACGAUUCUGGUCUUGGUUUCGAAGAACGACAACAACAGCUCAACACCGCUAACGCGUGGAACGGCGUCGGUGAAGAGGAUUCGAAGAGAAGAAAAAUGGAUAUAAAGCUUGAAUCCGAGGACGCAAAUUUUUCUUUUCCUGAGGUUCCUCAUUCUGGCAAUCCCGAAGGAAAAACUUCGAAUAGAGGUACGAGCAAUGGCAUCGGUCUUACGGCAAUCUCAGCUACUAGAACAGGAAACGGAACUGCUGGCACCGUAGGUAGGGUCAUCGGUGUUACGAAACCUCGUCCAGCCAUGGGUGUUUUGGGUAAACGCUCACCGAUAACUCACCAAGGCCCCGUCACCCUCACCUCACAACUUUCUACCACAUCUAUAGAUGGAAAGGUACAAUUACAGAUCAUUUGUCAGCCUGAACAACAACACCGUGCGCGUUAUCAAACGGAAGGUUCAAGAGGAGCGGUGAAAGAUCGCACAGGAAACGGAUUUCCUAUCGUACGUUUGAUCGGUUACGACAAACCGACAACCCUUCAAGUUUUUAUCGGCACAGAUCUUGGCAGAGUAGCACCACACAUGUUUUAUCAAGCCUGUCGAGUUAGCGGUAAAAAUUCGACGCCUUGUAUCGAGAGAAAAAUCGAUGGCACGAUCGUUAUCGAAGUGGAUAUGGAUCCUUCGAAAGAUAUGGUUGUAACCUGCGAUUGCGUUGGUAUCUUAAAGGAACGUAAUGUUGACGUGGAACACAGAUUUCCACAAGAAGCAGGUGUACUUCAAGGACGAAGCAAGAAAAAAUCCACGAGAUGUCGUAUGGUUUUCCGGACGACAAUUACUAACUCGGAUGGUAUUACGGAAACGUUGCAAGUUUGUUCACACCCUAUAGUUUGCACUCAACCACCAGGUAUUCCUGAAAUUUGCAAAAAAUCUUUAACUUCCUGUCCGUGUACCGGAGGACUAGAAUUAUUUAUUCUGGGAAAGAAUUUCCUGAAAGACACUCGUAUAGUGUUUCAAUUGGAUAACAACGAUAUGUCCAGCAAUUUGGAGCCUCACUGGGAAUGUGCCGUCCUACCCGAUAAAGAAUUCCUUCAGCAAACUCAUUUGGUAUGCGUUGUGCCGGCUUAUAGACGCCAAGACUUGGCUCCUUCGGAAACUGUAAGCGUAAAACUCUAUGCGGUAUCUUCGGGAAAAACGAGCGAACCACACACCUUUUUCUACACGGCUGCAUCCACUUCUUCCGAACCAUCAAUGAGUAAAGUCGAAUCUAUAACACCACCACUUGCUACGACAAACGGUGAGGCUGCUGCUCUAUCGUCGUCUCCUUCGGCAGUAACCUUGACAACCGGUGUUCCCGCCAACACUUUGGUACAGUCUGCCGCUACAGCAACAUCAAAUUUCUUGACAACGAUGCAAUCUCAACAAGCACCGAAUCAGCCACCAGAAGCUCUUAAAAGCGAUCCAAGUCCUCCUCCAACAGCUACGCAAUCUCAAGUAACACCAGUAAUGAUGUGGACCUCUCAGUCACCAAGCUGUCAGAAUUCCUCAGCCGAUGUAAUGAUGCCACCUCCAUCCUUAAUAUCAAAUCCUCUUUUAAAUCGACGCUCCUCUUCGAAUCUUCAAUUAAUUCUUCCGGACAAUUUAAAAACAGAAGUAUUGGAUGAGAACAGCGAAAACAGCAUGCUCAGUGAUAAUAGUAUGCAAAGUAUACCAACACCUACAGCGAAUGGUCCAACGGGAACAAGUCCUUUACAACAACUCGUUAAUGAGAAUUCCAGAGAACCUGCCCAGUCCAGUAUGAUCAGAUCAGUAACUGUACCUGCAAACGGUUCUCCGGUACAAGAAGCUGUGAGUCUUCUUGGUGUUGUGGAUCUAAUACGUAAUCAACAUCCUCUAACUAUGGUGUCUACUCAUCAGAAUACAUUCGGAAGUAUGCAUGAAUCAUCACAAGUCAAAGUUCUCAGUCCACAUCACAUCAACAAAGAUACUAAUUCGAUAUUGGCGGCAGAAAGCACUUCUAAUGGCAGUAUUCAGGGUGCUGGUGUUGUCGAUCUCCGUAUGAAACAUCAUCAGUCCGAGUACAAUGCGUUAUCUAGCUUCGCUGCUUCCUCCGUAGGACAACCUUUACCAGCUCAAAGCGGUCACAGCGUAGAAGAAUAUUUGAGUCACAUCGAAUCUACCGUAUCUACGGUGAAAGAGCAAGAAAAUGCUGAAAGUAAUUUUGUAGAUGCCAUGCAACAACGAGCUUCUAUAAUCACUUCUAAUCGACAAGCGGCUCAACAAUCUCAAACUGGUCUCUUGGUACCUUCUGCGCAAGCUGCAGCUGUGAAAUUGGACGUGCUAGUGAAUUCCGCUGCAGAAUCUCAUCAAAUUGUGUCACCUUUGCAAUCAGUAAACCCGAAUUCUACAAACAUAAUGAAUCACGUCGACGAUGCUAUAUCCAGUCCGCAGCAAGGAACUAGAACGAGUCCACCAAUCCCAGUGAAGACGAUGCUGCUCGAAGCUCUAAUGCCACAAUCGGUUUCACAGUCGGUGCCACCAAUGGCAGCAACUGGUGCAAACGCUGUCUCGUCUUCCGCGUCAGUUCAAGAGUCUUCAUCCAAUGAGAGUUUACUCACGACGAUUAACGCUGCUCUUUUGCCACCAGUUACGAUACAGGAAUCGUCGGUAACUGCAAAUGGAACGCCUAAUUCAACAGUUCAGUCACAUAACGCGCUUCAAGUUACAAAUGAAACAAUAGCUACAACGGCCGAUCAUAUUCAACAGAUGCAAGCUCUAACUCAACAGGAAGUUGUGGUAAUACAGCAACAAGUACAACAGGUCGAACAGGUUGUUGCGCACGCACAACAGCAGGUAGAACAAGUGGUAGCUCAGGUACAACAGCAGGCGGUACAAGCCGUACAACAAGCGCAACAACAAGUAGUACAGCAAGUUGUACAGCACGCACAAGUAGUUCAACAAGCAGUGCAGCAAGUUCAAGCGGUACAACAGGUACAGGUACCUGCAGUUCAGCAAGCUGUACAGCAAGCCACACAAGAAGUCGUACAACAAGCUGUACAGCAAGCAACUCAGGAAGUAGUUCAACAGGUGCAAGCUGUUCAGCAGGCGGUACAACAGGCUCAAGCGGCACAAGCUAUGCAGCAAGCUGUUCAACAAGACAUUGGAUCAAUGUUGAAUCAGCCAGCAGGAUUUGUGGCAGAAGCAAGUUCUGCCUUGGCUAGCGGUGCUGCUCAAGAACCUUCGCAGCAGAGAUUAACAACUGCAGCUGAGCAAGCAAUCAACAACGUAAUUACGAAUGCUACAAAAGAUAUUAUCAAUAAUCGACCAAUCACGACGACUACGGCGCACGCCAUCAUUGCUACAAAAAAUAUACUAAACAGCGUAGCGACUCAAAGCGCUCAACUAAUGAAUAGUGCCAUGGAAGGGAUUUUACCUAAGUCACCUCCUGGACAAAGUAAUAUAGUCGAGCAAGUCACUAGCAAAUCGCCACCUGUUGCUUUACCUGUUACUCCUAAUAGACAGAACGUUAACGCAUCCAUACCAAACACAGCACCAAGCGCUGCUGGUUCUUCCGUGAGAAAGCCUGAAGAUGUGGGAAACAUGCUACCUCAGGAACUCACUUCCAUGUCAGAACACGAACUUCUCAAUUACAUUAAUCAUAGCUGUUUUGAUCCUCAGGGUGGCUUUUUGAUGUAGUACUGCCACUUUCUUAUCAUACAAAGAAUAUAUUCGAUCUGUUUAAUAAAUGCAUCGUGAAGACUCGUCAAGACGUUCGAUAAGAUGUUCGUCAAAAUCGUUUACUUUAAAUACAGUACCAACGAUUUUUACGUGCCACGAUACAGUGCCACGAUAUCCUUUACGAGUUUGUGUGUGAUAGGAAUGAAGUCGAUUUUUUAUUAUUAUUAUUAUUAUUAUUAUUAUUAUUAUUAUUUAUAAGUAUGAACGAAAUCCGUUGCAACUCCGGAACAAUCGAAAUGUGCAUGUAUAUGUUAAGUGAGACGGGCGCAUACCGCGCGACAAUUAGGGUUUCGUUAUAUUCUUUUUUACGAGUUGUCAAAUGUGAUAAUUCAUUAAUUUAUCUAUAUCAAUGUCUGCGCAUCCAGGUGCCUUUAUUCUUACGAAAUAUCUCGAAUUGGUCUUUCUUUCGCAAAGGUGUUACAAAAGAAAGAAAGAAAAAUUAUCGUAAGUAUAUUAUAUCCUAUGUGAUCAAUCGUGUACUGACCCCACUCAAAAUGAAAUCUCUGUGCACAGUCAUGGAAUUGAGUGUAGCCAAUUUAAACUUAUCAUAUUUUAACAUAUGAUUCCGAGAAACAUAAUUUGAUUCUACUUUUCCUCUUCUGACUUGAUUUCAUUAUAAAAAAUGGAUCAUUUGUUAUCUGACUUCGUUCCAAUUAAAUAUUAAGUAUAAUAUAUUUUUUACGUUACACGUUGUUUAAUAAUUGAUAUUUUUUGUUGUUAAUUAGUACUGAUGAUAUAAUUAUGUGAUUACGUUGACUAUAUUAUUGAUGACAGAGAGAUUAUAUAUUAUUAUAUAUGUCAAUAUAGAGAGUAAUAGUUAGAGGUAUAUAUGUUAUAUAUAUAUCGUGAUAUAUAUAAAUACGAAAAAAGAAAUAUAUAUAUAUAUAUAUAUAUAUAUAUAUAUAUAUAUAUAUAUAUACACAUACACACAGCCAUAUAUAUAAAUAUAUAUUUUUUACAUUUACCCAAAGAGACGAAUGAACGGCCAGAUACGAGGUCAAGUGAACUUAUUGAAGAUUUAACGAAGUCUACAUAUACAUGUACACACAUGCGCACUUAUAUGUACGUAUGUAGAUACGACAUAAAUACAUGCGUAACAUCGAAUUAUAUUGGGAUAUAUUCCCUUUUGUUCUUAAUAAGGGGUGCUAUAAGUACUAUGAGUACGAAUACUCGCCAAGAUUAUCUAAUACUAUAAAUGCGAAUUUUAUAACGAAAAUAUUGAAACAUUUAUUGUCGUGAUAUAUCUUUGUAGCAAAACAUAUAUUUUAUAUCAAUCAUCUAAAUGUGCCGAUAUAAUGUCCAUGAUCACGUAAGUGCAUUCACGAUCGAGAUGUAAGAUGCAUCUCACUUGCAAAAUAGCUGAAUGGCAAAAUUAUAAAAAAGAAAUCAUUAUACUAUGUGGUAUGUAUUUUGUCACUGAAACUUAUUUGUAAUAUAUAUUGUACACUGUAUACGCACAUCAAGUGUUAAAGAUUUGCCAUCUGAAAGAAUGCCCAUGAGUAUGUAUUAUUGUUACUUCUAUAAGUUGAAUAAAUGUUUCACAGCAUU